CUUUUACGAUGCUGAAGAUGUGAUUGAUGAGAUCGAGUGUGAAGCUCUGCGAAAAGAGGUCGUGAAUUAUCCAAGCACCAGCAUAAAGAUGAUGUGUGGAACGAAGACCGUGUCAAAUGGAUUGAGUUCAAAAAUUUAUUGAUGUCAAUGGGUAACUUAUCCCGAAAUAAAAUGAUCGUGACUACUCGUACUUUAAAGGUUGUCUCAAUAAUGAGUUCGUGUGAUCCUUAUGUAUUAAAAGGUCUCUCUCAUGAAGAUUGUUUGAUUUUGUUUACAAAAUGGGCGUUUAAUGAUGGAGAUGAGAGACAAUAUUCUAAGCUUAUGAGAAUUGGGGAAAAAAUUGUAAAGAAAUGUAAAGGAGUUCCUCUUGCAGUGAGAACAUUGGGAAGCUUACUUUUUUCCAAAACAGAUGAACAUGAAUGGAUUUUAUUAAGAGAUAAUGAAAUCUGGAGACUUGAGCAAAGGGAAAAUGAUAUUUUACCGGUAUUAAAAUUGAGUUACCAUUAUUUGCCAUCUCAUUUGCAACGAUGUCUUACUUAUUUAUCAUUAUUCCCAAAGGACUAUUUAUAUGACACUGAUUAUAUCAUCCAAUUCUGGAUGGCCAAUGGACUCCUCGCAAGCUCCAAUCAAAACGAAGAGUGGGAAGAUAUCGGGAUUACAUAUUUUAAGGAGUUAUGGUUGAGGUGUUUUGUCCAAGAUGUCACAGACCGCGGGUCAUUUUACUUGUUUAAAAUGCAUGAUUUGAUACAUGAUCUCGCAUUAAAUCUAUCACAAAGAGAGUGUUUAACAGUAAAUCGUCAACCGCUGAAAGUUGUUGAAAAAGUUCGGCAUUUGUCAUUUUCUCUUGACAGUCCAUUACGAGUUCCACAAGCUUUGAAGAAGUUGAAACCUGUGCGGACAAUAAUGGUCCCAUCACUUCCAUUUUCAAUAGAAGAGAGGAGCAUUGAUGAAUCGUUUGUUAACGCCUGCAUCUUGAAUUUCAAGUAUCUACGUCUACUUGAUCUCUCCUGUACAUUGUUAGAGGAAUUACCUGAAUCCAUUGGUACCUUGAAGCAUUUAAGAUAUCUUGACGUGAGCCGCUGUCCUAGGAUGAAGAAAAUUCCUAGUUCUAUCUGUAAACUUCAGAGCUUGCUAACUUUGCGCUUAUUUGGUGUUCCACUAAUAGAAGUACCUGAAAGUUUGCAAAGCUUGAUCAGUCUCAGAAUUCUAGAGAUAACCACAGAUGCUCCGCUUUUAAGGGAUAUUCAACCAGGAUGUUGGAGUUCCCUUCAGUUGCUACACUUGCACGAAUGUUAUAUGCUAGAAUCUAUAUUUGAUGGGAUGCAACACCUCACAUCACUUAGAAGAUUGGCUAUCAGCGAGUGUGUCAGGUUGAUCUCACUUCCAAGAAGUCUGAAAUUUCUAACCAAAUUAGAGGAAAUCGACAUCCGUCGCUGCCAAGAAAUCAAUUUAUGCAUGGAAGUAGAAGAAGCAGAAGACCAAGACCUUCACUUGAGCCUUAAAACUUUCUCAGUAUCGUGGUCAGAUGCGUUAACGGAUUUGCCACGAUUGCUUCUUAAAGGAUCUGCUAGCACUUUGCAGUCUAUAAAAAUUAUAGGCUGCAAAAACUUUGAGGUACUACCAGAGUGGCUGCAAAAUCUCACUUCACUUCAGAAACUUGAGAUUAGUUAUUGCCCAAAAUUGUCAUCUCUUCCGGAGGGACUGGAUCGCCUCACUGCACUUACACAACUCAAAAUUAAAGAUUGUCCGACCUUGAGUGAAAGAUGCCGACGAGAUGGGGGUGCAGAUUGGCCCAAAAUUUCACACGUCCCUGAGGUUGAGGUAGACCCCCCAUCGAGCUCCGAAUCAGAAUCAGAAUAAAGGAACAACAGGUCGACCUCUGAAGGAGCUUCCAAUCAGAAUAAAGGCACAACAGCAGAUAUCAUAAUAUAUAAAUCAGCCACAGCCUGCAGCCUACCUAUGGAAAUGGGAGCUUUUACUUUGUUUGCUUCAGAGUUGAGAGCCUUGCAUUCAUGUUAUGGAUUGUGAUUUUAAUUAAUUUGUGAGCUUUUUACUUUGUUGGCUUCAGAUUUGAGGGUCUUGCUUGGAUGUUAUGGGAUUGUAACUGUGAUUCGUAAUAUUUAAAGAUGUCAUACACCUAGUGCGGUUGUUUGCAUGCUCUGCUUCAGCUAUUUAUUAUAGUGUUCUGUUUGUCUUUCUCACUCUUAUUUCUUUGGGAGUUAGGAUCAUGGAAUGAAUGAUCAUCUCAUCUAAAAAACUUUAAUUCCGAGCAAAUUAGAAUUUUUGCUUGGAACUUUGCUGUACAAGAGUUUAUGUAGG